AUGGCGCCGAUUGCAAGUCUUUCGAAUCUUAAGAGGUCUGAUCUCUUCAAACAAAAGGGCUUCAUCGCAGAAUUAUGGGUCGAUUCCGUCAGUGGUUCUACCUUCGAUGUCGUCAACCCGGCUACACUCGAGGCAAUCGCCACUCUGCCGGAAAUGAACGCCACUGACACUGCGAAAGCAGUGACUGCUGCUCACGAGGCAUUCAAAUCCUACAAGAAAACAUCGGCACGACAGCGAGCUCGCUGGUUGCGGCAAUGGUAUGCUCUUUGUAUGGAGCAUCUUGAGGACUUGGCUCUCAUUCUGACACUUGAAAACGGGAAACCGCUCGCAGAGGCAAAGGGUGAGGUGAUUUAUGCUGCAUCGUUCCUCGACUGGUUUGCUGCAGAAGCUGAAAGGACGCACGGAGAGGUCGUGCCCGCCGCAAAUCUCGGCCAGCGAAUCCUGACUAUUAAGGAGCCUAUUGGGGUCGCAGCGUGUCUUGUACCAUGGAACUUUCCCAUUGCAAUGAUUACUCGCAAGGUCGGUGCGGCGUUGGCUGCGGGAUGCACAACGGUCUGGAAGCCAGCUGGGGAGACGCCUUUCAGCGCCCUUGCCCAGGCUCUCUUGGCACAGGAGGCCGGUUUCCCAAAAGGCACUGUCAACGUGGUCACCACGCUGAACAAUGUGGCAGAAGUUGGGGAGGCACUCUGCAAGUCCAAGCUCAUCCGGAAACUCAGUUUUACCGGGUCGACUCGGGUUGGAAAGAUUUUGGUUGAACAGAGCAGUGCCAAUUUGACAAAACUUUCACUUGAGCUGGGUGGUAACAGUCCGUUCAUCGUGUUCGACGACGCCAAGGUAGAAACCGCUGUUGACGCGUACGCCACGAGUCGGGGUGCCUCCGUUCUUCUCGGAGGAGCGUCAGCGAAGCCCAAUAACCUUCCGGGAUAUUUUCUCCAGCCAACUGUCUUGAGCGGCAUGUCCAUGGAGUCACUGACCACGACUGAGGAGGUUUUUGCACCUGUUGUCGGUCUUUUCCCUUUCAAAACUGAAGAGGAAGUAAUUGAAAAGGCCAACGACUGCGAUGUUGGUCUUGGCAGUUUCAUCGUCACCGAAUCAAUAUCACGAAUGUGGAGAGUUGCAGAGAGCCUCGAGGUUGGUAUGGUUGGUGUAAACCUGGGCAUGCUAAGCGCCUGUGAGAGUCCAUUUGGAGGCGUCAAGGAGUCCGGUUAUGGACGCGAAGGAGGACGACAUGGGAUUGAUGAGUACCUUACUGUUAAAAGUAUUUUGAUCAACGUAUCGUCUUGA